AUGGCGAAACUUCUGCUAUUUAUAGUAGUAUUAGUCUAUACCAGCAAAUCUCUUGGAAAAACUAUUUCAAACAAUAGUCUGCAUUCACUGCUGCCACCGAAUUAUGAAUCCGAUGAAGAAGAAUGUAUAUGGCAGUGUGCGAAAACAAGCCAGUUUGAUCCAGUGUGUGGUAGCAAUGGGGUGACGUAUUGGAACAUCGGUCAUCUCUAUUGCUCGCAAAGCUGUGGUGUAGAUGUUUACCCGCUGCAUCCACCGCCGUGUUCGCCGAUAGUCACGUCAACAACGGAGACCAAUAGUCUAGUGGACGCUGAGGAAUGCAUACGGUCAUGUCCCAGAACCAAGGAGUACAAUCCCGUGUGUGGCAGUAACCGUGUGCAGUACGAAAACAUUGGACACCUCACUUGUGCCCAACUCUGCGGCGUCGAUGUGACACUGACGCAUCCUGCUCCAUGUGACUUCUAA